AUGAGCGGGCGUCUUCUAUUCGGCCCUGUUGCCGUCAAGCACUCAAGAAUGACCAAAAAAAGAAAACGCCAAGAUGACUUUCAAAAACAGCAGUUCAACUUCUUCAAUUCCUGGCCCCCAAAAUACGAGCUGAACAAAUUUCUCCAUUUUUUCCUUUGGUACCUGGUUGGAGGAUUAGGCAGUGUGGAUGAAGGCCUCUCAUCUACUGAAAACUUGAAAGGAUUUAUUGAGAUAAUAAUUCCAUUGCUAAUUGAAUGCUGGAUUGAAGCUGUGCCUCCACAACUAGCUGCUUCUAUUGGAAAUGGUAUAGAACGAGAACCUCUGCAGGUUAUGCAGCAAGUUCUUAAUAUUAUUUCCCUUCUGUGGAAACUCUCUAAACAACAUGAUGAAACUCAUAAAUUGGAGUCGUGGCUUCGAAAGAAUUAUCUUAUUGAUUUCAAACACCAUUUUAUGAGUCAUUUUCCAUAUGCCUUAAAAGAAAUAACCAAGCAUAAAAGGAAAGAGACAAAUAAAAGCAUCAAGCAUUGCACGAUUCUCUCCAAUAAUGUAGAUCAUCUAUUACUGAAUUUAACACUGUCUGAUAUCAUGGUCUCCCUGGCAAAUGCCUCAACUUUGCAGAAGGAUUCCAAUUGGAUAGAAAUGAUAAGGAAAUUUGUGACAGAGACCCUUGAAGAUGGCUUUAGGCUAAAUAGUAAGCAGCUGAACAGAUUGCUUGGGGUAUCAUGGAGAUUAAUGCAGAUACAACCCAACAGAGAGGCUACAGAGUCUCUCAUCAAGGCAGUUUAUACAUUGUAUCAGCAGAGAGGCCUUCUCCUCCCAGUUCGGACUUUGUUACUGAAAUUUUUCAGUAAAAUCUAUCAGAAAGAAGAACUGAGAUCUUACAGAGUCAGAUAUCGUAGUAAGGUGUUAUCCCUUUGGCUGGCUGGUUUACCAUUGCAGCUUGCUCACCUUGGUUCCCGAAAUCCUGACCUCUCAACACAGCUUAUUGAUAUCAUCCAUACUGCAGCAGCAGGAGCAAAUAGAGAGUUACUAAAAAGUUUACAAGCUUCUGCUCUGCGAAUCUAUGAUCCACAAGAAGGCACUGUGGUGGUUCUCCCAGCAGAGUCUCAGCAGCGUUUGGUCCAGCUUGUAUAUUUUCUACCCACUCUGCCUGCUGAUUUACUUUCUCGGUUAAGUCGUUGCUGUAUUAUGGGAAGACUCAGUUCAAGUUUGGCUGCCAAGCUCAUUGGGAUACUGCACAUGAGAUCAUCAUUUUCUGGAUGGAAGUAUUCAGUUAAAGACUGGUUGAUGAGUGACGUGGACUAUUUCAGCUUCUUAUUUUCAACACUUACAGGGUUUUCAAAAGAGGAGUUGACUUGGCUUCAGAGCCUUCGAGGAGUUCCUCAUGUCAUCCAGACACAGCUUUCCCCUGUGCUUCUUUACCUUACCGACUUGGAUCAAUUUUUACAUCAUUGGGAUGUAACAGAGACAGUUUCUCACAGUUUCUUGGUUAUCCCUGCCCGAAGCCAGAGCUUUGACAUCCUGCAGAGUGCCAUCAGUAAGCAUUUGGUUGGGUUGACUGUAAUUCCAGACAGUACAGCUGGCUGUGUUUUGGGUGUUAUCUGUAAGCUCCUGGAUCAUACGUGUGUACUUAGUGAGACUCUCUUGCCAUUUCUGGAUUCUUGUUGCUACAGUCUUCUUUAUUUUCUGCUCACUUUAGAGAAAGGAGAAGCAGAACAUCUAAGAAAGAGGGACAAGCUGUGGGGGGUCUGUGUCUCCAUCCUGGCUCUCCUGCCUCGAGUCCUCAGGUUGAUGCUGCAGAGCCUGUGGGUGAACAGAGCUGGGCCUGAGGAGCUGCCUGUUGUGGGCCAGCUGCUUCGCCUGCUGCUUCAGCAUGCACCCCUCAGGAUUCAUAUGUUAACCAAUGCCAUCUUGGUGCAGCAGAUCAUCAAGAAUAUCACGACAUUGAAGAUUGGAGGUAUUCAGGAACAAUGGCUCACAGACUUACAUUAUUGCUUCAAUGUGUAUAUCACUGGGCAUCCCCAGGGGCCCAGUGCACUGAGUACAGCCUAUUGAGUACAGUAAGAGGCUUCAUGGUACCUCCUGUUUGCAAUUGUUUAUUCACAUCUAAUUUUGAAGAGAGACUGAUGUAAUGUUUGUCAUUAAAGCUGAACU